AUGUUUGUCUACGCAACGGUGACUGUGGCCCUCUUGGUGGGAUCCUCUUUCUCAAAGCAACCAUCAGCUCCGGAGGCGUUUGCAUCUCCACUCCGAGAUCUGCAUUUCGGGCAGCUAAACUUCUUACACACCACGGAUACUCACGGCUGGCAUGCCGGCCACUUACUUGAGCCAUCUUUCAGUGCGGAUUGGGGCGACUAUGUCGACUUCGCGGCACGACUCAAGGAGAAAUUGGAUGCGGAAGGUCUCGACUUGUUGAUUGUCGAUACGGGAGAUCGGAUCGAAGGCAAUGGCCUCUACGAUGCAUCGGAGCCCAAAGGACUCUUCACCUUCGACAUCUUCCGCGAGCAGCACAUGGAUAUGAUCUGCUCCGGGAACCACGAGCUUUACCUGAAGAACUCGUCCGAAAAUGAGUACCUGAUCACCGCCCCGGCGUAUGCCGGCAGCUAUCUUAGUUCCAACCUCGACAUUUAUGACCCGAACACGGGACAACUCGUCCCCCUGGCACAAAGGUACAAAAAGUUCAUCACCAAGAAUCAAGGCAUUCGCAUUGCGAGCUUUGGGUUUCUCUACAAUUUUGACCGAAACUCCAACAAUACCGUCGUCCAGCGAGUUGAGCAGACUGUUCAAGAACCCUGGUUUCAAGAGGCCAUUCGCGACCGGGAAGUCGACUUGUUCGUAGUCAUUGGCCACGCGGCCAUACGUUCCGAGGAAUUCGAGAUCAUCUACAAGGCGAUCCGUUCAGUCCAAUGGGACGCCCCCAUCCAAUUCUUUGGCGGCCAUUACCACAUCCGGGACUAUCGCCGGUUCGACAGCAAGUCAUACGGCCUCGCGAGCGGCCGGUUCAUGGAGACCAUUGGUUUCCAGUCCAUCGACGGCCUCUCCACGAACACCAGCCGUGCCGCCGCUGGUAAUCCCACGUUCUUCAGGAGAUACAUCGACAACAACUUGUAUUCGUUGUACCACCAUUCAGGCCACAAUGCAUCGACCUUCCAUUCUGAACGGGGCCGAAACAUCAGCGCGGCAAUCGGAGAAGCUCGUGAGGCGUUGGAUCUGGAUCAAACAUUUGGGUGUGCUCCCAAGGAUCUGUGGAUGAGCCGUGCGCCGUAUCCCAGCAAUGACAGCAUCUUCUCGUGGCUGGAGGAGGAAGUCUUCCCUGGCAUUGUCAGCGACGUCAGACGAGGCGACAGGCCGCAUCUCGUCAUAACCAACACUGGAGCAAUUCGGUUUGACAUCUUUAAGGGCGCAUUUACCAAGGAUUCGACCUACAUCAUCUGUCCGUUCACCAGCGGAUUCCACUACAUCAAAGACGUGCCGUACAGCAAAGCCAAACACCUCAUCACCAUGCUGAACCGCGCAGGUCCAAUCUUUGAGAACGUCGACCCAUCGUAUGCCAUGUGGAAGUUAGUCCCGCCCGAACAAAUCGGUGUCAAGGAAGACAACGUUGUCGUCUUGUCCGACCACCACGUGCGCGGACAUUCACUGCAAAUUUCUCUCUCGGACCAUGACCGCGAAAAUCUGACGCCGGGGUACACCACGCACGACGACCUGGGCGACGACGGCGACGAUACCGUCCACUCCCCGAUAUCCUUCUACGAGGUGCCCAACUGUGUCCAAUCGACCAUCAACCCGCACCCGGACACCAUCGACCUCGAGACAGACGAAGGGAUAGUCGUGGACGUCGUCUUCAACGAAUUCAUUGAGCCGUGGAUCAUCUUGGCCUUCCGGUUCUUGGGGCUGGAGUACUCUGACGAGGACGUGGACCAGUACAUGCCCGGCGACAACCUGACGACCUUGAUCGCCAAGUGGGUGGCGGAGAACUGGAAGAUUCAUUGCAAGGCGUGA